UUUUGGCUGACGAAGUAAGUUUAGCAGUGUUUGGUUUAGAGAAUGUUUACUUUGGGAGAUAGACAAAAAAACUAGCGUCAAAGUUCAGAUUUAAACCCUGCUAUUCCCCUCACUUGAGCUAUUCAACACAUCCUUUCCGUACAGUGGCUUAAAGCUCUGUUGUCUUUCAGGUUGUGACCUGCCAGAAUGAAGUUCCUGUUUCAUUUGCUUGCCUUUGCUGUCAUCAUAACCUCCACAUUUUGUGGAAUCAAGGACUUCAGUGAGCAUUUUGAAAGCCUCAGUGAUGCACAUCCAAAUGAAAACGUGAGCUAUGAUAUGCCAAACUUACCACUGGAGUUCCACAGAGAAAACACCAUCACUAAUGACUUGAUUCCUGAAGAGGAGGAGGAAGAGGACUAUCUAGAUCUUGACAAAAUACUGGGUGAAGAUGACUACAGUGACAUUAUUGACGCUGCUCCGUACAUUGUUUCUGAAAUUCAGCAAGGAAAUAUUCUUGAACUUUUCCAAGGCAAAACCAGAAUCCAACGCCUUAAUAUCCUUAAUGCAAACUUUGGCUUCAACCUUUAUCGGAGUAUGGCAGACAAAGCCAACUCUUCGGAUAAUAUUCUCAUGGCUCCUGUUGGUAUUUCCACUGCAAUGGCUAUGAUUUCCCUGGGUCUGAAGGGUCAAACUCAGCAGGAAGUAUUAUCGGUUCUUGGCUUUGAAGACUUCAUUAAUGCAAGCACCAAAUACGAGCUCAUGACUGUUCAUAAUCUCUUCCGCAAACUCACUCAUCGGCUCUUCAGGCGCAAUUUUGGUUAUACUCUGAGGUCUGUCAAUGAUCUUUAUAUUCAGAAGGACUUUUCUAUUCUGAAUGAUUUCAGAAACAAUAUGAAAACAUACUACUUUGCUGAUGCCCAACCAGCUGAUUUUUCAGAUCCUAACUUCAUAACUAAAACCAACGAACGCAUCCUGAAGCUGACCAAAGGAUUAAUAAAGGAAGCUCUUGUGAAUGUAAACCCUACAACACUGAUGAUGAUUCUUAACUGUCUUUACUUUAAAGGAACAUGGGAGAAUAAGUUUCCAGUGGAAAUGACAACCAAAAGAAGUUUCCGACUGAAUGAUAAGCAAACAAUAAAGGUUCCUAUGAUGCAGACUAAAGGGAACUUCCUGGCUGCUGCAGACCCUGACCUAGAUUGUGGUGUGAUCCAGCUCCCAUUUGUGGGUAAUAUCAGUAUGCUGAUUGUACUUCCACACAAGCUGUCUGGCAUGAAAACCCUAGAAAAGCAGAUAACCCCUCAAGUGGUGGAAAAAUGGCAGAAAAGCAUGACAAACAGAACAAGAGAAGUGGUUCUGCCUAAAUUUAAGCUGGAGAAGAGCUACAACUUGAUUGGUUUUCUGAGAUCCAUGGGAAUAGAAGAACUGUUCAAUGAAAAAGGCGACUACUCUGGUAUAUCAGAUGAGAAAGUCACCAUUGACAGGUUCAAUCACCAAGGCACAAUAACUGUGAAUGAGGAAGGCACAGAGGCUGGAGCAAUAACCAACGUCGGUUUCAUGCCUCUUUCUACUCAGAUUCGCUUUAUUGUUGACCGUCCCUUUUUGUUUCUCAUCUACGAACAUCGUACCAGUUGUCUCCUGUUCAUGGGUAGAGUUGUCAACCCUGCCAAGUCUUAAAAGCAGAGAAGACCUCCAACAUGCUUUCAUACACAGGCUGUAUAAUUAUGCAUUAAUAUAGCAGUAUCAUAACAGGCAAUUUUCUUUGUCAUAUUAGUUAAUACAAAAGCCAUUGGUAUACAAAAAAAAAAUAUAUAUAUAUAUAAAGUGCCUAGAAAUAGUUUCACAUGAAUGGACUCAUAAUAGUAGAUGAUUUGUCUGCAGUGGUUAGUGCCAUAUAUAAAUGCAAGUGUGUUAAAAAAUUACCACAAAGUAACUUAUACUUUGUGUUCUACUUCACUGUAUAAAAUGUAAUCAAUAAAAUAUUUAGACUAACUGGA